AUGGACGCAAUCAAGAACUCGACCGAGGUUCUCUGUGACCAGUCAGCUCGUCGGGUCGUCGGUGUCGGUCCGCAUUUUGUCGUGAAAUACGGCCUUCAGGUCGACCUUGAGGAAGGCUGGAAUAUGAUGUUUUUCAAAAAUACGACGUCCGUCGUCGUUCCGAAAGUCUAUGCACUUUUUCAGGACGCCCAAAGCAGUCAAAACUAUAUUGUCAGGGAAAGAAUUAAUGGGGUUCGUCUAGAUUUAAUCUGGACUUCCUUGGAUUUGGCGCAGAAGCAGACUGUUUGUUUCCAGAUCAAGGCAACCCUGACCGAAUUACGCAAAUUGCCCUCUCCCGAUGGGUAUUGUAGUCUCGGCUGUCAGCCUCUCCGAGACCACGUUUUCUGUACGGGACAGGAAGAGGAAUCCCUUAGGCUUGAGGGUCCAUACAAGACGGAGACAGAAUUGAACGGUGGCCUCGUCAAGAAAUAUCUAGCGUCUGGCGACCUCCCAGUCGGAAAAGCUGAAUAUUAUCGUCGAGCCUUUCCUUCGGUUCUGACUGGACACCCCCCUACUUUUACACACGGGGAUGUUCAGCGGAAAAACGUCUUGGUUAAUCUGACGAAAGAAGACUGUCGCAUUACGAUUAUUGACUGGGAGUUUGCCGGUUGGUAUCCAAGUUACUGGGAGUACUCCCGGGCAAUAUUUGCCUGUGGCCACUUUGAUGAUGAUUGGAACGAAUGGGUUGAUUUUAUUCUAGAUCCAUAUCGGAAUGAGUAG